CGCCUCUCCGAGCCGCCAUUGCCCGUCUCGGCUGCCCACUGUCCCCUCCCCCGCCGUCUUUGUUGUCGCUCUGGGCGCUCCGUCACUCGCGGCCACCACCGAGAGGGGCACCGCCGAGAGGGCCGCCACCGCCACCACCGAGCCGGGCACCGCAGGAGACGACGCAGCCGCCGGAAACCCGAGCAGAGAGCUGCGUGUUGUUGUACACCGCCGACACCACCGCCCACGGCUGCGAACGCCUCUUCUCUUAACGCAGUUUACGCACUUGCGCUAUUGUGAGCGCACGUACAGCGGUCUGUCGGAGUGGACACUGCUGACUGAGAGCGUGGGGAGUGAAGUCGAAACAUCCCUUGGACACCGAGACGUGACCGCCGUGCCACGUGUAAUCAUGAGCCUAAGCAGCGAUGAAGUCAAUUUCUUGGUUUACCGUUACCUCCAGGAGUCGGGUUUCUCGCACUCGGCGUUCUCCUUCGGCAUGGAGAGCCGCGUGAGCCGCGCCAGCAUCAACGGCGCCCUCGUGCCGCCCGCCGCGCUCGUGUCCGUGCUGCAGAAGGGCCUGCAGUACGUGGAGGCCGACAUGUCCGUCAGCGAGGACGGCUCUGCGUUCCGCCCCAUCGAGCUGCUCUCCCUGGUGGACGCCGUGAUGCCGGCUGUCGUGUCGUCGCGCCCCCACGCCUACCGCCCCAGCAACCAGCAGCCGGGGACGCCCCCCAAGAACGGCGGCGGCCCCCCGAUGAACGGCGUUGACGACUACGGGGCGCACGCUCUCGGCGAGCCGCUGGUGGAUGGGCCCGACGAGGGCUCGGUGCAGCUGUUGAACAAGGUGUCCGUGCUGCGCGGGCACGAGUCCGAGGUGUUCAUCUGCUCCUGGAACCCGGCCCUGGACCUGCUCGCCUCUGGGUCAGGUGACUCUACAGCGAGAAUCUGGGAUGUGCGCGAGGGGCCGGGAGGGGCGCCGGCCGAGGGCUCCAGCCAGCUGGUGCUGCGCCACUGCAUCCACGAGGGCGGCCAGGACGUGCCCAGCAACAAGGACGUGACAUCGCUCGACUGGAACAGCGAGGGAACGCUGCUGGCCACUGGCUCCUACGACGGGUUUGCCCGGAUCUGGACGAAGGACGGUAACCUUUCCAGCACACUGGGGCAGCACAAAGGCCCAAUUUUCGCCCUGAAGUGGAACAAAGAGGGGAACUACAUCCUGAGUGCCGGCGUGGACAAGACGACCAUCAUCUGGGACGCACAGACAGGAGAAGCCAAGCAGCAGUUUCCCUUCCACUCGGCGCCUGCGCUGGACGUCGAUUGGCAGACGGACGACAGCUUCGCCUCGUGCAGCACGGACAUGAGCAUCCACGUGUGCCGGCUGGGAGAGGAGGAGCCGAUCCGGACCUUCCGGGGGCACACGAACGAAGUUAACGCAAUCAAGUGGGACCCCUCGGGGACACUGCUCGCCUCCUGCUCUGACGACAUGACUCUCAAGAUCUGGAGCAUGAAGCAAGACACGUGCGUGCACGACCUGCAGGCCCACAGCAAGGAGAUCUACACCAUCCGCUGGAGCCCAGGCGGGUCACACUCUGGCCACCCCAACAGCGGCCAGAUGCUCGCCAGCGCGUCGUUCGACGCGACGGUGCGCCUGUGGGACGUGGAGAGCGGCACGUGCACGCACGUCCUCACGCGCCACACGGAGCCCGUGUAUAGCGUCGCGUUCAGCCCCGACGGGAAGUACCUGGCCACCGGCUCCUUUGACAAGUGUGUACACAUCUGGAACACGCAGACGGGCUCGCUGGUGUACAGCUACCGGGGCAGCGGCGGCGUAUUCGAGGUUUGCUGGAACUACACGGGAGAGCGGGUCGCGGCCAGCGCCUCUGACGGAACGGUGUGCGUGCUGGACCUGCGGAAGUAGCCAAACGCGACAAGCCCUACGACCCGGCGGCCCCACACGUUCCCAACCACACGAGCCCUACUCCACCCCCUCACCACACCCCCUCUCCACCCAUGGCCCAUCAAGGUCCAUGCCUUCCCGGCUUGCUCAGUCGCGCGCGCACCCCCCAUCGUACAACCUUUACCCCGACCCGCCGCUCAAACGCUCUCUUUCCGUAGCCUUUAUCGGCAGCCUGUGGCUUCGUAUUCGCCGAUAAAUGUUCCACUCUCGACUUUCACGAGGUUUAAGGUCGUGGCGACCUCUCUCAUAACGGGGUCGCGGUCGGUAAAGAGUUGCGCAGUCGUUACGAACUUUCUUGCCGUAAUCUUUAGUUGCACGCGUUGUGUUUUAAAGUGGCGACUCGCGCCGUGGUACUGGCAACGUAGUCUGUCCGCUGUUGCGAGUGACAUUGUGGGAUUUUAAGGUCCUACUUCACGGCGGCAAACGCCCGCUGCGCGAUGAGAACAUCGCUCGGUGGGGCUCCACGAUCAACUCUCCCGCUUGCAGCAGCACCGACAGUAAUGCUGCUCCAUUGUUUCACAGCACAUCGCCUCUCCUCGACUAUUCCUAUCAUCCUCACCCACAAUAUUAUUCGCGCUUACCCACAGAUUGCACCUCCGAUUAGCACGUACAUACAGAUAAGUGAGCCCGAAAAGUGGUGGCUAAUUCAUCCUUAUUAUCCACGCUUUUAAGGUGCCGAUACACACACGCACACAACUUCCCCGUGGUGCAGUGGUGGUGGUGGUUCUUUCGGUGCUCCCAUUGGGCCCCAGUGCUAGUUCCGGUGCUGGUCCCAGCGAUCUCCCUGUGGUCCCGACCGCCCGACGCCGACUCGCGUGGUAAUGCCCAGCGGCCACGGAAGUGGCGGCGUCCGUUUACAGCGGCGAAGUUGAUAGCCACAGCGCACCCGGACGUUUGCCACGGAUUCAUCCCCUUAGUCCGCAUUCAUCCACUGCGCCUCUGCAUGCAGAUAAGAGGGAGGAAAUUCACGCCGUUAAGACGAGGGACAUCACGCAGAUAAGCCUGGGACGGCUUAAUCAGUGCAAUUGCAAAACACGAAAUCGAAUUACAUUUGAAAGAAAACGAGAAUGUACGCAUCAAGUUGCGCUGAUGUUGAGGCGACGUGGAUCGUUUGGUUGAUCGCGACAAUCCACAAGUUCGACUCGUCGUCGUCGUCAUCGUCACUCUCUCUACGUUCGCUCGGCACCGUGGCAACGCCGAUGGCCGUGCGAGCAGCCAGGAACGCCGGCAGAAGUCCCGAGAGAAGUAUUUUGAAGGCGGAUUGUUUCGAGUAAUUGUCGUCGUGUUCAGUCCCGUUGUCAAUCCAGUGCAGGACGAAAGGCCUCUUCUCCCCCGUUUGACCAUACCUCACCGUGCUGGUUCGGUGUGGUUUGGUGAAGGGGAGCCAAGAAUACUGUUGAGAUUUGACGCUCGCCACUGAUCUGCUUUUACCGUGGGCCGGGAUUCAAACUCGAGUCACGGUGCCACCGCCACCACCCACCCGAUGCGCCACCCACCGCACCACACCACCGAUGAUUGCCGCAUGUUUAAAGCCACGCUGAACCGUCCUCUGUUGAGGGAGAGAGGAGGAGGUCUGUGUGAAGUGACUCAGAGACGUUAGUUCUGUUGUUUCUUUGGUGUCAUUUUCUGUAUUUCAACGUUGCUCUACUGAGCUUGGGGUGUGUGGCUACAUCUCAUGUCUUGACUCGUGUUUGGUACUGCUGAGAUAUCACUUUGGUUUAAGAUGUGAGAAAAAAAUCAGUGACAUUCUGACAACACCGUCUUUAUUUAGGUUAAAGUCAUCUUAAGUCGAUCCGAUGUAAACAUCUAAUGAUAAUUUUAUAUGCAGCUUCAGGAACGUAAACUACGAUUCAUAAUUCGUUUAUUUUGGGGUAGAUCGUUUGGGUACAAUACCAAUUUAUUAAUUGUAACCCCCCUCGUCCCGAAAGCCAAUGCUUCACCUGCAUGGCUAUCCUGAUGACGUCACGGCAGCCACUUAGCUUCUGUUAACGCCUCAUGAUGCAGGGGGGCGUGAUCUCCAGCGAAACGUCGGACACGAUUGUCCAUAAGAAUUGGUCGCUUUUUCGACAAUCGGCACAUUUGCCCAAGAUGUGACAACUCGAUUGGAUUGCCCCUGCCAGGUGAAGGGCUGUCGUAACGACUAAAGUGUUUGACAUCAGAGCUGCGAUCGCUACAUGACGACGAUCUCGCCCAGGCGUCGGCAGCCUGCGGGUUGACUCUUUGGUUUCCCCCUUGAGGAGGGCAGCAGUUUAAAAAAACAACUAAUUCUUAAACGUUAUUUUACGUAAAGAUAGUUGAUUAAAUAUGGCAGGGAACGGGUUACUGGAAUUUGUUGGUGAUAAGAAAAUGUACAACAGUCAAACUAUUGUUAAAGAAUAAGGGGGGGAAAAACUAAAUUGACGCAGCUUAUGCUAUCACCUAUGUUGUUUAAAGUCCUGAUGUGUGUUGUCAUUCGCUGCGUACCUGCUGCGUUUGUGUUCAAGUAGCUCUGCGUGUGGUGCGCUCUCCAACUAUUCUGGUCAAGACAAAAACAAGAUAAUUCUUCUUCUUGAAAAGGUUGCCGACCCAUGCUCCAGGCCAAAAUAAACCGUGACUCGUAUUCGACGAGAGUACAAAAACGAGUCGUGAUCACGCAUGGAACUUCGUAUCUGUCAAACGUGGCCACCCCAAAACCACCACUGCCAUCACCAAACUUCCCACACCUCCCCCUCCCUCUCCCCGCUCACAAACGACAGUGAAUGUUGUCCCCAAACUCUUGAAGGCCCUGGCACCUGGUUCCCGAGCCAGGGUUCGCUGGCCUCCUCCCAUCGCACACAGUCGCGUGCACAGGCAGUCCGUGGGGAAUGGCGGCGUCUAAAAUUGUUGUAAAUGUUAAAAUUUUUGUCCUUGAAAAAAAAAUACUUUUUAAAGAAUCUCCUCUCAGUGAGUCACUUUUUUGGAAAGAAACUUGACUGUGAACGUAGACUUAUACAGUACUGUAUAUGUAUUAUUUUAAGUUUAUAAAAUGUGUACAGUGUAAAAUGUAAGCUUUUGAAAUACACAUUUUGAAAGCGAAAUAAAAAGCAUGGAGUGAG